UCCAAAUUCCUGCCUAGGCAAGGCCCACACAUUUUGUUUCCUGUCCAUGACACACAGCUAUCCUGGAGCAACACGGACUCAGACAGAGGAGCUGACCAUGACACUGUACAGACCUCCUGGCUGGCUGAAUGCUGUGGCCUGUGGCCUCCUGCUUCUCUCUCUGCAAGUAGAAGGCCAGGACUCAGACAGCCCCAUCAGGAACACACACACAGGCCAGGUUCGAGGCAGCCUUGUCCAUGUGAAAAACACUGACAUUGCUGUCCACACCUUCCUGGGAAUUCCUUUUGCCAAGCCACCCGUAGGACCCCUGCGCUUUGCACCUCCUGAGGCCCCUGAACCAUGGAGUGGUGUGAGAGACGGGACCUCAUACCCAGCCAUGUGUCUACAAAAUGAUAUGAUGGAUUCAGAGGCUCUGAAGAUGAUGAAACUGAUCAUGCCUCCUGUCUCUAUGUCUGAGGACUGCCUGUAUCUCAACAUCUACACACCAACGCAUGCCCACCCAGGUUCUAACUUGCCUGUGAUGGUGUGGAUCCAUGGUGGUGCUCUGGUUGUAGGCAUGGCUUCCAUGUAUGAUGGAUCCAUGCUGGUAGCCACUGAGGAUGUGGUGGUGGUCGCUAUCCAGUACCGCCUGGGAGUCCUGGGGUUCUUCAGCACUGGAGACCAGCAUGCUAGAGGCAACUGGGGCUACCUGGACCAAGUGGCUGCCCUACGCUGGGUCCAGCAGAACAUUGCCAACUUUGGAGGCAACCCUGAGAGGGUCACUCUUUUUGGCGAGUCAGCAGGUGGCACAAGUGUGUCUUCACAUGUUGUGUCCCCCAUGUCUCAAGGACUAUUCCAUGGCGCCAUCAUGGAAAGUGGAGUGGCUGUGCUCCCUGGUCUCAUCUCCAGCUCCUCUGAGGUGGUUUACAGUACGGUGGCCAAUCUAUCUGGUUGUGCAGCUGUGAACUCAGAGAGCCUGGUGCACUGCCUAAGAAGCAAGAGUGAAGCAGAGAUUCUGGCUAUUAACAAGGUCUUCAAGGUCAUCCCUGCUGUGGUGGAUGGGGUGUUCCUACCCGCGCACCCUCAGGAGCUGUUGGCCUCUGAUGAUUUUCACCCUGUCGCCAGCAUCAUCGGUGUCAACAAUGAUGAGUAUGGCUGGUUACUGCCUAUGAUUAUGGGCUCUGCACAGAAAAUAAGGGAAAUAACCAGAGAGACCUUACCAGCUAUUCUGAAGAACACAGCAGCCAAGGAGAUGAUGCUGCCUCCUGAGUGUGGUGAUCUACUCAUGGAAGAGUACAUGGGAGACACUGAGGACCCCCAGACCCUCCAAACUCAGUAUACAGAGAUGAUGGGGGACUUCAUGUUCAUGAUCCCUGCCCUCCAAGUAGCACAUUUUCAGCGUUCCCAUGCUCCUGUCUACUUCUAUGAGUUCCAGCAUCGUCCCAGCUUCCUCAAGGAUGUCAGGCCACCCCACGUGAAGGUUGACCAUGGGGAUGAAAUUUUCCUUGUGUUUGGAUACCUAUUCUGUGGCAUAAAACUUCCUCACACUGAGCAGGAGGAGCUACUCAGCAGAAAGAUAAUGAAGUACUGGGCCAACUUUGCACGGCACGGGAACCCCAACAGCGAGGGUCUACCCUACUGGCCCGUGUUUGACCAUGAGGAGCAGUACCUACAGCUGAACAUCCAGCCUGCUGUGGGCCAAGCCCUGAAGGCCAGAAGGUUGAAAUUCUGGACCAAGACUCUGCCCCAGAAGAUCCAGGAGCUAAAGCAGGCUCAGGAGAGGCACAAAGAGCUAUAGUGCCAUGUGUGAAGACAGGGAUUCUGCAGACUCUGUGAAGUCUACACUUAUGUGAAUAUACCACAUCUGUGAAGAACGUUGGCUACAUGUGUGUCCUAGAGAUGAUAUGGGAGAGAACAGAAUGCCCGGGCAUGUAGAGCAGAAGAGAUAUCUGUCCCUGGUACUCUGAUGGCUUCUAAAUAUAUGGUAAAGAUUUCUUGCCUUUCACAAAUCCUAAUAAAGCAACAUGAUUUCUUGAUCGCA